UAUACAAGUUGCUAGAGUUUACACUUUUUUUAUUAUAUAUAUAACUUUUUUAACCGUCGAAAAAAACACAACAUAUUCAACAAUGCGUGAAGUAUUAUCGGUACACAUUGGACAAGCUGGUUGCCAAAUUGGUAACGCAUGCUGGGAAUUAUAUUGUUUAGAACAUGGAAUUCAACCUGAUGGACAAAUGCCAUCCGAUAAAACUGUUGGUGGUGGCGAUGACAGUUUUAACACAUUCUUUAGUGAAACCGGGGCCGGAAAACAUGUACCACGAGCCGUAUUUUUAGAUUUAGAACCAACAGUAGUAGAUGAAGUACGUACCGGAACAUAUCGGCAGUUAUUCCAUCCAGAACAGUUAAUUACUGGAAAGGAAGAUGCAGCAAAUAAUUACGCACGUGGUCAUUAUACAAUUGGAAAAGAAAUUGUAGAUUUAGUAUUAGAUCGAUUACGAAAAUUAGCUGACCAAUGUACGGGAUUACAAGGUUUUCUAAUAUUUCAUUGUUUUGGUGGUGGAACUGGCUCUGGAUUUACAUCAUUGUUAAUGGAACGGUUAUCUGUUGAUUAUGGUAAAAAAUCCAAAUUAGAAUUUGCCGUAUAUCCAGCACCACAAAUCUCUACGGCGGUAGUGGAACCUUAUAAUUCGUUAUUAACAACGCAUGCUACAUUGGAACAUUCAGAUUGCGGAUUUAUGGUUGACAAUGAAGCUAUUUAUGAUAUUUGCCGUAGAAAUUUAGAUAUCGAACGACCAACUUACACAAAUUUAAAUAGAUUAAUUGCCCAAGUGGUUUCCUCAAUUACAGCAUCUUUAAGAUUUGAUGGGGCAAUUAAAGUGGAUUGUUUGGAUUUUCAAACAAAUUUGGUACCGUACCCAAGAAUACAUUUUCCAUUAGUUACAUAUGCACCAGUAAUUUCCGCUGAAAAAGCGUAUCAUGAACAAUUAUCCGUCGCAGAAAUUACAAAUUCAUGUUACGAACCCGCAAAUCAAAUGGUUAAAUGUGACCCAAGACAUGGUAAAUAUAUGGCAUGCUGUAUGUUAUACCGUGGAGAUGUUGUCCCAAAAGAUGUAAAUUCUGCCAUAGCAACGAUAAAAACCAAAAGAACAAUCCAAUUUGUGGAUUGGUGUCCCACAGGUUUUAAAGUGGGUAUUAAUUAUCAACCACCCACCGUAGUACCCGGGGGUGAUUUAGCAAAAGUCCAGCGUGCAUUGUGUAUGAUGUCGAAUACAACUGCCAUUGCCGAAGCUUGGGCACGUUUAGAUCAUAAAUUUGAUUUAAUGUAUGCAAAACGAGCAUUUGUACAUUGGUACGUAGGUGAGGGUAUGGAAGAAGGUGAAUUUUCUGAAGCUCGUGAGGACUUGGCAGCUUUAGAAAAGGAUUAUGAAGAAGUUGGAAUGGAUUCAGGUGAAGGUGAAGGCGAAGGUGGCGAAGAAUUCUAAGUAAUCAUGAUACGUGUAUAUUAGCCAAAAUUUUCUGUUCAUUACCUGAUUAUAUUAUAUAC